GCGGGUCUGGAGGCUCGCGCUGGCGGCCUGAGAGCUCGCGCCAAGCCCGGACACUGCGCCUGCGCCGCGGCGGAGACUCGUCUCUACCGGGUCCGCUCCCCUCCGACACCCCGGUAAUGCCGACUUCUCACCCCUUUGAGCCGCUUGACCAGGGCACUCUUCUGCCCGCUUUUGGCUAGGCCUCGCUGCUCCAAUGCGGCCUUCAGGUCGGUCACCCGCAGAGCCUGAAGAGGCUUCCCGUCCAGAGUCACCUCCUCCAGCUCCGCCAUCUUGCGUGAGGUACUCGGGUCCGUCCCGACGGCUUCGGGCAUCUUCGGUAAUUUCCGCCAACGCCCUUCUAACGAACCGAGCUGAUCCCGCCCACUGCCAUAAGUCCACCCCACCGUUACCACUCAGAAUGCCCCGGGUUCCUCCGGAACUGCUCGAGUAUUUCCGCCUCCACAUCGGCACCAAUCGGUUCUUUCCAUCUGCCCUUCAGCCGCCCCUCCCACCUUGCUUUCAGGCUCGGUUAUCUUCGUCUUGCCGAGGCUAUGAAUCGAAUCUAUUCGGAAAACUUCGACUCUGGCAUAACCAUAAUCGGAGACAUUCGGUUAUCUCCGGGUCUGGAGUGGAGGAGCUAGGGCACUUGGGUGUUUGGGCCUGGUUCAAGACCGGAAGUGCGUGGGUUGCCAGGCUGGCUUUGCUUAGGGUUUUCAGGAAACAUGGAAGCUGCUGCCCUAGCCGGAGUUGAAAGACUCUUAUGAUCUCUGGACGUCUUCUGAGAGGAAAGGGGAGGAUGUCACUGGAAUCAUCUUCCUCUUCACUAUCACCAUCCUUCCCUUCUCCAUUACCCUCAGUACCAGACAGUAUUAGCAAUUCUUCCCCUCCUCCCAUGUCUUACAUCACUUCCCAGGAAAUGAAAUGUAUUCUUCACUGGUUUGCCAGUUGGUCAGCUCCCCAGCGUGAAUGUUUUCUACAGGACCUGGUAGCUAAAGCAGUGCCAGGAAAACUACAGCCCCUGGUGGAUGGUCUAGAGCAGCUUAGUGUGUCUGGGCCAAAUCGACCACCUUGCAUAUUUGAGUGCCAGCUCCGUCUUUGGGAUCAGUGGUUUCGAGGUUGGGCUGAACAAGAGCGCAAUGAAUUUGUCAGGCAGCUGGAGGUCAGUGAGCCAGACUUUGUGGCAAAGUUUUACCAAGCAGUGGCUGCUACAGCUGGAAAGGAUUGAUCAAGAAAGUAACCACAGCUAAUUGAACCAAGGACAUGGCUGCAGUGAGAACUCAAUGGAGAUGUGUUGCUUAAAGAUUUAGGGGGUGGCAUGAUCUGACUGAACUUGCUGAUGAACACAGGCAUCGUUUUUUCAGCAUAACAAUGGUAUAUCAGGUGGACUCCUUGUGUCAACAUAAUCCAUGUAAGCAAAUCCUGAUUGUGUCAGGCACCUUCAUUGCAUUUUUCCAAGGACUGUUGAAACUUCAAGAAUUUGACCACUUUGCAACUAUAAUCAAAAGGAACCUACCCUUUAUAACUGAAGCCUACUGUUGGCCCAUGGAGGCUAUAAAUUAGAACUUUCCUUUCUCAGAAAUAGGAGAGAACAAUAAGAAGCAUUUUUAUAUUUUAUUAGAUUCAGGUGGCUGGCUUAAUCACCCUUAUCGUACUCUAGCAUGAUUAUGUGACAUCCCAACUACUGGGUUUCCCAGUGAAGACUUAAUAAAAUUAAAGUAGAUCAAAGAAAGAAGAUAA